AAAGGGCAGAAAGUAGGUUGAUUAAAAUCAAUGGUGUCAAUUAAGCAAACAUGAGCAAACUGUGUGAGCCAACGCACGCGAACCAGCGCAAAGCCAGGGAGAAGACUGCAGUAAAAUAAGAGUAUCGGUACAAAGCAGAAAACGGAUAGACGGCCAGUCUCUGGUAACCGAGUCCGGUUGAGUCACAGCCAGUUUGCCCGCUUAAUACUUUAAUGAAAAGAAUCUAUAAUUAACCGUGGCGAGGCCCAUUAAAGGUUAAAAAAAGGGGAUGAAGUUGCAGCACAUAAAAGCCUAACUGCACUCCCACCGGCAAAGUGUGGCCACAGCUGGGGACCAAGCUCAACUAUGCAGUUCUUUACGUGUUGUAUGCUACUGCUUUGUGGCGUUGUGGCAACAGCUCCAAUCAGAGCCCAAAGAGAAAACGUGUUAAGCUUUCUAAGCGAUGCACUUGGCACAACUACAGAAAGGAGUGUACCCGCAAGAAUCACGGCAAAUAGAAAACCUCCAACUAGACCUGAGAAAGAGCAAGAUUCUGACGACUUGUCAGAAGAAAACUCGAGACAGACUUCUGACACCAGUUCCUCUCAAGGACAGCAAGAAGCUGAUAAAAAUGGAAGUGAAAGCAGAGACCUCGACAGCCAAGAGAUUGUGGCUUCUGAAUCUAAGGUCACGACGGGAGCUGGAAAAGAGAAUAUUAUGGACAACAACAGCAGACCAGCUCAGGACCACAUGAGCCAAGGCCAGAGGGAACGCCAAGGAAGCAGAGGACUGACCGAUCCUGACAGUGAGGAAGUCAUCGUGGUCAGAGGUGUGGAGGCUGAAAAUGUGCCUGGCAAACACGUUGCAUGUUCGUGUGGUGACCGAGCGCCGAGGAGUCCCCGUCAAAGCACCGGUUUCCAAAUACAGACAGCACCAGGAAGAGUUCCCGGGAUGAAUGGUAUGUUGGCCCCGGGCAGGAGCAGGGAAAUUCUGGAUCCAGACAGUCUGGAGGAGAACUACGGCAGACCAGCUGCAGCGGGGAACGGUAGACUCACGGACUACGAUGAAACCAGAGAAUAUUUCAGCUCUGAAACUUAUCCGUUUGCACCUCCAGAGCAAAGACCUAGCGGCUUGUCUGUUCCAGCCAGGAGCAGAGCUGCCUGACGAUCACACCGAGGCCUGAAUCAUUCAUACUACUUUAUUUCAUCAUGAGUCAAAGGCCUUCGUCUGUUGACUCAGAGGACGCAGACGGAGCCACAUACAGAUGCUUGUGGAACUUCUUCUUUUUUUAUCCAGAUUUAGAUUCUUAGAUGUAUUUCUUGUUGUCUGAUGUGGACAAACGUGAUAAAUAAAUAAAGAGAAAGAGGGAAAAUCUU